CGGUUUGCGGCUGUUGGCGCUUUAAAGUGUGCCCACACACACUGGGUUGUGCUCAGUCGAAUUCUGUUCUCGGACCAUUAAACAUUGAACACCCAACAUGAGAGUCGUCGCAUUUGCUGUUUUUCUCGCCGGAUUGUGCGUGCUGUCCGGACUGAACGCGGCGCCCGUGGAAUGCAAUAACGGCAGUGGAACCCAGAUCUCCGAUGGCAACGGCUAUCAAAGUCAGACGCAAACCGGCCCGGGCUGCCAGAGCCAGACCUCCGAGGACGGAUCCCAGUCCCAGAGCCAGAGCCAAACGGGCAGUGGCUACCAGUCGCAGACGCAGUGCAGCGGAUCCUCCUGCGGUCAGUUCAUCCCCUUCCCGCCCCUGUUUACCCUGAGGCCAUUCGAGCCCCUGCAGCCCCUGCAACCCAUCACCUGGCAGCCUUUCGGCCUGGGGAGGAACUACCAGGUGCAACAACAGACCAACCUCGAUUAAGUUCUUAAACCAGUAAUCCCAAAAAAGGCUAAAUAGAUUGAUUAAACUUAAAAUAAUACCAACUAAA